AGUUUUCACUGUUCAUUCUUUAGACUGCCGGUGAAGUUGGGAUAAUUGAAAGUAUCCAGCUGAAAAACUUCAUGUGCCAUUCAAAUCUGGGGCCUUUUCAGUUUGGAUCAAAUAUCAAUUUCGUUGUUGGAAGAAAUGGAAGUGGAAAAAGUUCUGUUUUAACUGGUCUUAUUGUUGGGCUUGGUGGAAAAGCCACUGCAACUAAUAGAGGUUCCUCAUUAAAAAUGUUUAUUCGAGAUGGAGAGACUUCUGCAGAUAUUUCCAUAACUUUGCGAAACCAGGGCAGAGAUGCAUUUAGACCAGAAUUGUAUGGUAACUCUAUUAUUGUGAAUCAGCACAUUAAUCAGGAUGGAAACAGAAGUUACAAACUGAAAGACGAAUCUGGACGCCUAGUUUCUUCAAAGAAAGAGGAUCUCGUAAAAAUACUGGAUCAUUUUAAUAUACAGGUAGAUAAUCCUGUGACUAUUUUAACCCAAGAGAUGAGUAAACAGUUUUUACAGACUAAAAGUGGAAGUGACAAGUAUAAGUUUUUUAUGAAGGCAACUCAGCUGGAACAAAUGAAAGAAGACUAUUCAUGUGUUGAGAAAACUCAACAGAAUACACGUAUUCAGAUAGAACAAGGAAAAGAGCGUGUUGAGGAGCUUAAGCAGAUUUAUUUAGAAAAAAAGGAACGCUACAAAAGCAUCGCAUUUGUGAAUGACAUGCGAAGACAUCUCGAAGAUUUGAAACAUAAUAUGGCGUGGGCAGUGGUGAGUGAGAUGGAAAAAGAAAUUGAGCCAAUCAAAGAAGGCAUCAAGGCUGAAGAAGCAAAUACAGAGUUUAUUCAGAAGGUAGAAGAAUGGCAGGUAAAAGUGAAUGAAGCAGAAAAAAAGUACAAAGCAAUACAAGACAGAUUAGAAACAGUAAGUGAAGAAGCACAAACCCUUCAUCCUCUGUGUAUUUCUUUGAAGGCUGAAGUGCAGGCAAAAAGAAAAGCCGUCAAUGAAAUUGAGGUGGUUUAUAAUCGUUUCAAAACAGAGUUAAAACGUCUGGGAAAAGAUGAUGAACAGCUGCAUAAACGAAUUGAAGAACUGAAGAGCAGUGCUAAUCAGGUUUCAGAGCCUGAAAAAUUGGAAAGACAAAGGAAAAUUACAUACUUAAGGGAACAGUUAAAGGCAUUCCGUGAUGAAGAAAUAAUGAUUGCUCAGCAGAUGGAUCAGUUUCAGCAGGCUAUAUAUAGGUGUAGGGAAGAACAUGCCAGGGUCAGGAGAGAAAACUCUAAUGUGCAACAAGCACUGGAUGCCAAGCAGAAACAGCUGAGAGAGCUGAAAGAUAGUAAAACAGAUACUUUGAAAAGAUUUGGACCACAUAUACCAGGAUUUGUUGAAGCAGUUGAAACAGCUUAUAGGCAAGGGCGCUUUAAAAAUAAACCUCUUGGACCUAUAGGUGCUUUCAUUCAUCCGAAAGAUCCUGAACUGACCUUGGGUAUCGAAGCCUGUUUAAAGGGCCUAGUUCAUGCAUUUUGCUGUGAUAAUCAUAGCGACGAAAAAACUCUACAAUUACUGAUGACAAAACAUUACCCACGUGGAUUUAGACCUCAAAUAAUUGUAAAUAAAUUCCAGAAUAAAAUUUAUGAUGUUAGACAGAGAGCUGCUUAUCAUCCAGAAUUCCCAUCUGUACUGACAGCAUUGGAAAUAGAUCAUGUGAUGGUUGCCAAUUGUUUGAUCGAUGUGAGGGGUAUAGAAAAAGUCCUGCUAAUUAAAAGCAGCCGUAGAGCUCGUGAGGUAAUGCAGUCUAGUCGUCCCCCAGCAAACUGUAAAGAAGCUUUCACUGGUGAAGGUGAUCAUGUCUUUGAAAGACGGUAUUACUCUUCCAAUUACUCCAGACCCAAGUACCUCAGUCAAGAUGUUGAAGCAGAAAUAAGUCACUUGGAUAAAGAGAUUGAAAGCAAAAGGGCACAGUUGGCAGCAUCUCAGCAACAUUUACAUUCCAUUGAAAAUGAGAUUAGGCAAAAUGAAGAUCAUCUUUAUGGUCAUCGACGACACCAAAAAGAACUACAGAUAAAAAUAAGAACAGCAAAUGCAGAAAUAGUAGACCUUGAAAAUAUGGAAGAACACCAGUCAGUGGACAUCUGUAUCUUACAAAAUGAAGCUGAAGAAAAUAAGGCUAAGAUGGAAUCUGUAAAGGAAGACAUGCAACUACAAAGCAGAAAAAUGGAAAACCAGAAAAAUAUUCUCCUGGAAGCUGAAAAAAGAUUAAAAGAAGUGAAAGAAAAAAUUCAAGAAGUAGAAGAAGUUGCUGGCCCAAUUAGGGAUGAAUUAAACCAGGCUGAGUCAGAAAUGGAAAGCAGUAAACGCCACUUGCAGCACUAUGCAGACAGACAGAAAGAACACUUGGCUUGCAUCAAAAAGCACAAAGAAUUAUUGGCUGCCAAAGAAAAGGAACUAGAGGAAAAAACAGCCCAAGCCAGGCAGAUCUACCCAGAGCGCAUCCAGGUCAGCAGGACUGUUAAGAGUCUUGAUGCAGAAAUGAAUCGCCUGAGAGAGAAGAUAAAAUCAGAAACUAGUCUCCAUGGAAACAGAGAAGAAAUAAUACAGCAAUUUCAUGACGCAAAGGAAAGAUAUGAGGAUGCAAGCAGUAAAGUAAAGAAUUUAAAGAAAUUUUUUAGGGUCCUGGAAAGAAUCAUGGCAGAGAGAGUCAAAGCUUAUCAGCAAUUCCUACGUAUCCUUUCUAUACGAUGCAAAAGCAGCUUUGAGGGAUUAUUGCAUGUUCGAGCUUGCUCUGGAAAAAUACUUUUUGAUCACAAGAACGAGACACUUUCCAUAACAGUUCGGUUUGGAGAUGAAGAGAAAGCUUCCCUUACUGAUUUGAAAUCCUUAUCAGGAGGUGAACGUACCUUCUCUACAGUUUGUUACAUUCUGUCUCUGUGGAACAUCACUGACUCUCCUUUCAGAUGCUUGGAUGAAUUUGAUGUCUACAUGGACAUGCUUAACAGAAGAAUUGCCAUCGAUAUGAUUCUGGAGAGGGCUGAUUUUCAGCAGUAUCGACAGUUCAUUUUGUUCACCCCCCAAAGCAUAAGUUCUCUGCCUACGAUUCCCCAUAUUCGAAUCCUCUGCUUGCAAGAACCUGAAAGAGGCCAAAGACAAUUGAAUUUCCAGAAUGAGACAGGCCGUGAUGAAGAUCAAUAAGUAUCUCUUUGUGAAUAUGGCAUACUAUUGAGCACAAAUGUGGAAUAGUAUUUAUAAAGUUAUUGCUUCCUGAUGCUGAAGAAGGGGAUGUUUUGUUACAUACUCUCAGGAAGAUGUUUCUGUAUUGUUAUUAUUAUUUUUUAAAGAAUUCACUUUGUGUGUUCACAGACCAAGAAUAGACAGAGUUUGUAUAAUGAGAAAAUUUUGAAUGUUCAGUUGAUAUUUUUAGCUACCAACUAAUAGAAUUUUUUUAUCAGU